ACGAAGUCAUAUGCUCCUUAGCCUACAGCCUUGGCUCCAAACUUUUGGCUGUCGGGACUACAGCGGGACAACUUUACUUAUAUACUACCGAAAGCUGUGCCUGUGUACAUAAAAUUGCAAUUGUCAAAGACAAACUCAAUUAUUUAAAAUGGUUUAACCUUUAUAACAUGGAGGAUAGCUCUUCACUACCCUAUAUGAAUCUAUUUAAAAAUGUUCGAAAUGAUAAUAAAUUUGUUUCUGAAUUAAACAUUCGCCACGAAACUUUAUUUCCUCCUUUAUAUUCCCUUGACGAAGAGAAUAAGGAACUAAAAGUGCUUUCACCCACUGAUGCCAAAAUUUUCGAAUUCAGAGCAAUUCUCGUAGUCGGAGCCAAAAACGGAAUUAUCAAACUUCUGAUAGGCGGAAAGUUUUUGGUUGUUGAAGUGCACCGGCCGAGUUGUUCUUCUUCCGUGGAACUGCAGCACUGCCAUCUUUCUGUAGCUGACCACACUUGUACCUUAUAUGCCGCCGUCAAAGAUACUCAGGGAAAACUUCACAUUCUGGUGUUUGAUGUGAGUUUUUUAAGAAAUUAUGAACUCCAAUUACGAAGCAUCACUACACACAUACUUUCCAUUGACCACCUUAUCCGCUAUGUCUCCUGCACUCUCGCAAGUAUGGAAUCUUUGUGCAAGGGCAUUGACGAAACUUUUAGCCAGCACUUAACGAACUACGAGCGGCAAGCAGAUUGCGAUACCACGGUGGAGCACAUGUUCGUACAACUCUUUUUAAGCGAUACGUGCUCUUUGUGCUUUGAAAAUUUUUUAUUGGACAAUGUGCCAGAACAGCUCAUUAAAAAAACGGCCUUAACCUAUGAGCGUACGUGCUUGAAAAUACUGGGUAUUGGCGUUCGCCAUGCCAGAAGAAGUUUGGAGAUGCUUAUUUACCACGUUGGAGAAGUCGCCGGCCUUGCAAAACUGCCCUUGAUUUUUCAAGAAAUUGGUAUUACCGAGAACAUGUGGGGCCCCUGUCUCCAGCACACCCUUUUAUUGGCUUAUAAGUUAGAGGAAUUUGUGCUUUUUCUUCAACAGUCUCGCUAUAAUCUUGGCCUUUUCUUUAAUUGGUUGUACCUGCUGCUCUGCAAAAAACAAGGCAAUGACGAUGCUGAUCCUCUUCUCAAUGCUAAUCAAAGCGAUGACAAUUCACUAGCUUCUGUUUUGAAGCACUUUUUAACUGUGCGCGAACGAAUGAACAACCAUUUCGCUUAUCCUUUCGUUAAAUAUUACUUUUUGGACCAACCAUUACCCUUCAAUAUGCACUACUUUUGGCGCGACUUGACGGCAGACGCAAAAGAAGUUCAGAGUUUAAUACCUUAUAAAGAAAAGUAUUCUCUUACACAAGCAGAGAAAAAAGCAAAAGAAUAUUUGGAGCAUAGUUUUAUGCUUAUUAAAAAGGAAUUAUCAAAAAAAGUAAAAAUUAAAUAUAAAACGGAAGUUAAUUAUAUGCUUCAGUCAAGAAACCCAUCUUCUGACCUAACGGCAGAAGGCGUGUCGGUUGUAAAAGAGGAUCACACGUGGUAUGUCACGCGUUUCUGUGACGCCGAGCACGGUUGCUGCCUGCAACUGUUGCUAAUACCUUUCAAUGGAGGAAGUUACAGAAGAUUUAUUGUUCCGUUAAGGAGCAUUCACUCGGAGGCUGUAAGUAUAGAGGACAUAAAAGAAUACCGAAACGAAUUAGCUUUACUUUGGACAGAAAAACUGCAACAAACAAACUUAGACACUUAUAUUUCCCAUUUGACUCUGUUUUCUUUGGAGAAAAUUUCUAUUCUUCCUGAAUUAAUUUUUAAAGCUAUAAAAACUGAGAAAUAUUUUUUGAUAAAUUCUGAACUUUUUACAAGUCUCAUUACUGGAGCUUGUAAACUGAACGCUGGAGGGCCGCAUAUGAACCGCUAUACCUUCCUCUCUUUUUCAUUUCAAAGAAGAUUUGCAAGCUUACUGAGCAUUAAACGAAAUAAAAUCUGCUUAGUUGAUCUUAGUGAAGAUUCUCAACUCACUACCUAA